GGCCCCGCCCCUCCGCCGCCUCCUUCGGCUGCCGCUGGGGCUGCGGCUCCUCUCGGGGGCCGCGUCCCGCUGUCUGUGUGUCAGCCGCCGCGCCGCGGGGGCCGCCGGCGUGACUGAGCGACCCGCCGCGCGCGCCGGGCAAGCCUGGCCGGGAGCCCGGGACCCAGUGCGCCGGCCGCGCCCCUCGCCCGCCGCUCCUCGCUCUUCGCCCGUCCGGGAGCCGGCGGCCGAGCCGAGCGCCCCGGCCCUUCGCGGGCGGCGCCGCAGUCCCAGCCCGCGCCCGCGGACAGAGCUGAAAACAGUGACAUCACGUUUCACAUUAAACACUGUUAAGAAGACAAUAUGGGGACUCCUGGUUCUGGAAGGAAAAGGACGCCGGUAAAAGACCGAUUUUCUGCGGAAGAUGAAGCUCUGAGUAACAUUGCCAGAGAGGCAGAGGCAAGGCUGGCAGCGAAGCGGGCCGCCCGGGCGGAAGCCAGAGACAUACGCAUGAGGGAGCUGGAACGGCAGCAGAGAGAGGGAGUUGAGGAUGCGCUGUCUGUUCGGAGUCUUGGCAGCCACAGGAGCCCAUCGAAGGACAUAACUGGGACGCACUGGAGCAGAGCCAGUACACCCAGAAGGAGAGACAUCAUGUAUGAUGCUCUCAAGGACAGAUCAUCAAGACUUCCGUCACUAAACCAUUCUUACAGUCACUCUUACAGGACGAAGAAGAGUUCUUCUGGUUCUCAUAAAGACCCACUGAGCGGCCUCUACUUUGACCAGAGAAGCUACAGCAGCCUUAGACAUAGCAGAGCCCUCCCCGCCUACCACUCUCGGUCUUCUUCCCUGUGUAGUGAGCCUCUGGCGACGUGGAAGAGUAACAGGGCCUCCUUUACUGCAGAUUCCGGGCUGCUGAGAAGCACCAGUCUGGUGUCGCUCUAUGGCGGUGGAUUGUAUCCCCCUCACGGGGCUCGAACUCCGUCCGAAUACAGCUGGCGCUCCUCGAGGACUAGCUCGGCCCGAAGCAGCCCCGUGUUUCCCGACGAUGACUGUGCAAGCAUUGGGUCUUCUGGUCGUGCCAGUCCUGGGCGAAGGGACAGUGUGGUUUCUGCCGCCGAUUAUUUCGGUCGCUCCAGUCGUAGGGCGAGUGUAGUGUCCGAGGCGGAUGACGUCGGCACCCCAGAUGGGACCCGCUUGGAUGAAAAAUCUGACAAACAGUAUGCUGAAAAUUACACAAGACCUUCGUCUCGGAACUCCGCCUCGGCAACAACGCCUCUAAGUGGGAACUCCUCCAGACGGGGGAGCGGAGACACCAGCAGCUUCGUAGAUCCAGAUGCCUCAUUGGGUGACUUGCGGGACAUCUAUGACCUUAAGGACCAGAUACAGGAUGUAGAAGGGAGAUACAUGCAAGGGCUUAAGGAGUUGAAGGAAUCUUUGUCUGAAGUGGAAGAAAAAUACAAGAAGGCAAUGGUGUCCAACGCACAGUUAGACAAUGAGAAGAACAAUUUGAUCUACCAGGUGGACACCCUCAAGGAUGUUAUUGAAGAACAGGAGGAACAGAUGGCAGAAUUUUAUAGAGAAAAUGAAGAAAAAUCAAAGGAGCUGGAGAGGCAGAAGCACAUGUGCCGAGUGCUGCAGCACAAGAUGGAGGAACUGGCCGAAGGCCUCCGGCAGAGAGACGAGCUCAUCGAGGAGAAUCAACGAAUGCAGCAGAAAAUAGACAUCAUGACACAAGAGGUGUUUGACCUCCAGGAGACACUUCUUUGGAAAGAUAAAAGCAUUAGGGCCCUAGAGAAACAGAGAGAGCGCAUGGCCCGCCUUAGCAGUGAGCGAGAUGCGCUCACAGAGGAGCUGGCCGACCGCAAGGAGGCGGUGGAGACGGGAGAGAAACACGGCUUGCUUACGGUCUCUGACGGCACCCCCAACGGUGAGGUCGGGCACGAGCCCGCGGCCGGAGCCAUCGCCGUGGUGUCCCAGGAGGCCGCCCAGGUGCUGGAGUCUGCGGGGGAAGGUCCGCUGGAUGUCAGGCUACGAAAACUUGCUGGAGAAAAGGAAGAGCUUCUCUCACAGGUGCGGAGGCUGAAGCUGCAGCUGGAGGAGGAGCGGCAGCGGUGCUCCCGGGGCGAGAGCUCGGCGGCCGAGCUGGGGCUCCACAACGGCGCCGACCUGCAGGUCAUCGAGAUGCAGAGAGAUGCCAACAGACAAAUUAGUGAGUACAAGUUUAAGCUUUCAAAAGCAGAACAGGACAUAACCACGUUGGAACAAAACGUCAGCCGCCUCGAGGGCCAGGUGCUGAGGUACAAGGCGGCUGCGGAGAACGCGGAGAAAGUGGAAGACGAGCUGAAGGCGGAAAAGAGGAAGCUACAGCGCGAGCUGCGAACGGCACUGGACAAGAUUGAGGAGAUGGAGAUGACGAACAGCCACCUGGCCAAGCGGCUGGAGAAGAUGAAGGCCAACAGGACGGCGCUUCUGGCCCAGCAGUAGGCGGCUGCCCUCCGCCGGCGCCGCCCCUGGGGUCCCGCGCAGGGGCACUGACUUUCUGUCCGUUGACACGAACCCCCUUCAGUACUGUUUGAGUUUUGUCAUUGAAAUAGCCACCUUUGUAUUUUAUAAUUUAUGAGAGAAUGAAACAGGUUUGAAUCUUCGUGAAUGAACACUUUGGAUUUCGUCUGCAAUGUGAUUCUAGACUAAGAACUGGUCCGUGCUGUUUCGAUUUUUUAUUUCCGUAAUUUUAUUUCUGUAAUUUUAGAAUCAGGCGAACUCGCCGCUUCCCCCGGCCGCCGCGGGGACGGGGCCCUCGGAGGCCUCGGCGCGGGCUCUGGAGGACGGCGCUCCUGCGCGCCCCCGAGAUACUUGGCUGGAGACCUCGGGAACCCAAGUGCCUUCUCCACGGUGCGGUGCAGACUUCGGUCCUCCACGGCGGCCAGAGAACUUGCCUUUCGUGUCACAUAGCGUUUCUGUCUUAGUGAAGAAACCAGUUCACACGUGGGGAAUGUAUGUUUCACUCAAAUUUCUAUGUUUGGAGGAAAAAGCCUUUUUUUGUAAAAUAUUUAAAUUUAUAUAAGAAAAUGUUAGAAAAAGAUACGGGGAGUGUAUAUCAAACUUGCUUCAGUGCGUGUGGCCGGGAGGUCCAAAGCCUGGCGCUCUCACAGUAAGAGGAAGCCCCUUCGUCUUUGACGUCACCGGUGCCGUAUCUCAUGUCCAGUGUCCCACCUGCUGCUGAUCCGUGCAGGGAGCCCCCCCCAGAGCCCGGCGGGAAGUCGGCCUGAAGACCCUAUUAAAUGCACCCUCUUGCUGACCACA